UAUUGAUGAUUGUGUUGUGCAGAUGUAUAUACGCGUUCUCUGGUAUGUGUAGCGCCGCCUAUGGAGACUUGUUGACACUGACACAAUAACGGGCAGCAACUGAAACACAAUUUUGAUUACAAUUAAAAUACACAAGGUAAAAACAAUUCAGAGUAAACGAUUAAGACUGAGCGACGUAAUAUUAAAACACGCAACGGACGGAGUUCAAUUAUCCCAAAGAAUAGUGCAACAUAAAUAAGCCGACAAUAUCCCUCUCUCCAGUGGGGAUGUCAUUUGAGGCUGAGUCGACCUCGAGGGAUGCCCAGGACCGGUUCAGAUACUCGUCACUGGUGUUGGUCGUGUGCGGGAAUCAACCUCGAGUAACCAGGAUUGGACCUGCUUCACGAUCUACAUGCUCAAUCUGGUGCUCAGCGACCUCCUGUUCGUGCUCGUCGCACCCGUGCGCUCCAUCUACUACAUGUACGACAACCAGUGGCCCUUCGGCGAGGCGGCGUGCGACAUGCUCAUCACCGUCACCUACAUCAGCCUCUACGGCAGCAUCUUCUUCCUGACGUGCAUCAGUGCCGAGCGCUACUUCGUCAUCGUUCACCCGACGAGAGCGUUCCGCAACCGCUCGCUCACCUCCGCCAAGCUGGUGAGCCUGGCCGGCUGGGUCACGGUGCUGGGUGGACAACUCAGUCUGCCAUUCAUCUUCCACACGACCGCCGACGCACUGGACGCCAAUGCGACGCGCUGCAUGACCUUCAACUUAGAUGACCUCUACCCGAGCUACAACACGUGGAGCUCCGUGGUCACCAUCGCAUUCUUCUUAGUGCCCUUCACGGUCAUGAGCAUCUUCCACGGGCUCAUCACGCACAAUCUGCUCUACCAGACGGCGCUAGGCGUGCGUGUGGCCAGGGCUCGGCGCAGAGCGGCCAGGCUGGUGGUGCUGGUGCAGCUGAUAGUGGCCAUCUGCUUGACGCCUCUGCACGUGGUGAGGCCACUGAUGACCGCCAGCAGCAUGCUGACACCGACCAAAUGCGACCUGCUGCAGGACCUCGCUAAAGGCUUCUUCAUCAGCAUGUCCAUGAGCGGACUCAACAGCUGCCUCGACCCGCUGCUAUUCUACCACUCGGGCGGCAAGUUCAGGAAGGAGGCGAAGGCUGUCGUCAUGACCCUGCUCUGUCGAGGAUGUGUGUGCCCGGCUAGACCGAGGACGAGGAGUGAAAUGCAAGCUUCUGUCAUCGAUGUUGAGCCGUCGCUCAAUUCCAAUCGUACUUGAGCAAUUUGACGUGCACGUGUCUCGUCAACGUCAAGAUGUUUUGCUUCAAAACUUUGCAUCGAGGCGGUGCUCAUCUCCUGUAUACAGCCCUGCUUUCAGGGGUGGACAACAAAUGUUCACUUCGCCUAUACGAGAUACUUAUUUUACCGGCUCCGAAGGUACAAUGGGAUGAGUCAAACCAAGGUUUUCCACGCGCUUACUUUGCGUCCUCCUCCAUAUGGCUUUGAUAGUCAAUGGACACCAUCGAGGGAAGCUGAAUGUAUGUCUGCUGUACCAGACUGUAAGUCUGCAUGCGAAUCCUCGGGUAUUAUUCACCGCUAAGCCGCAUGUCAAGCACGAGGAUAAGGGAACAAUGGGACAUUUCUGGGCAUUGUUGAGGAAAGUCUAUGGGGUUACUGGGAGAUUGAUUGGGCAGGACACAUCUACAGAAGGAAUGGUGGCUGAAGGACAAUACAGUAAGUCUGCACUAUAAGUGAUAAACAUGAGAGACCCAGUCGUAAGUCACUUGCAAUCAAUUAUAUCAUCCAUGUUGGCAUCAUGACAGCCACAGUGGAGAUCGAUGAAAUAAGCUUGAGUGCAGAUCUUGGGUGGAUUGUUACAUCGCUGGAUCAUGGUAGACCUUCAUUCAUCCAGCAUGCUAAGAGACGAUUCCGUAUAUGUAUUACAGCAUUGUGACACAGAAGUAAGUGGGUUAGUAAGAAGUGGAGUGAAUUGGUCAUAUGAGGCCAGUAUAAACCAUGGCACGGGUAAAGAGCCACAUUGACUACCAUUCUAAGAGCCACGGGUCACAACCUGUAUUACACACUGGUACUUUACAGAGAAUGUGCCUAUUAUUACAGUAAAACGAUCUAUUUCAUUUGGCAGAUUCAUCACUGACUGGCGAGCAUGAAUAUAAAAUGUAUGAGGCUAUGACAAUGCUGGCAAGUACAGAAGUUGCUUUAAAUCGCCAUGUUUUUGUAUAUAAUGUGCAUUUCACUAUAUAUACAAAUUAUACAAAUGUGUGUCUUUUAGCUUGCUCGACUGUGGACUGAAUGUGUAUAUAUGGUUUAGGUUUCCAAUGUAAUCGAGGAUUAACUCUGGACUAUGCAUCGAUUCACUGGUAUCUCCUUGGCCAUCUCGCAAUGUGUAGACUUCUCUACGCUGUUCUUACGCUCCUGUACACCCCGUUUUAACAAGAGGCAGCCAGUGUGGAGACAUCACUAAAUCCCGAACGGGCUUUUGCAAAUUGACGGUGCAAGCAUACCCCACUCCAACUCUGCAUGUAGUGCCCACUCAUUAUUCACUGCCAAUUGACGGUUGAGCACGUGAAUUACGGAACAACAUUCACGGACAUGCAGUAUUCAUUCAAGGUUAUUAUUAUGCUUGUUUACCCGGGAAAUCCUCACUUAGUCUCGUGGCUAUCAGGAGGGUCCUGCCAAGUUUUUCGCACGAGGAGGCGAUAAUUUCUAUGUAUAUUCCAUUUGAGUCAAUUAUAAGUAAUUUUUCAAAUUUGGCAGAUGUGGACAGUCUCAGUAAAUAUACAAGGUUGGGUCAACAUUGGCACGUGGUUGAAACUGUUGGACCAACUUCUUGGCCCAACGUUCCAUGUUUACUGGGAUAAUACCGGCACGCAAUCGCAUUGUCUUUAACGUCAACUGUGACGCAGGUGGCACGUGUUUUCUGCUUAGCGCACCUGCAUUAUUAACCAGGGCAGCCGCUGGAUUUCAACCGUGAACCUCUGGUAGCUUAAGCGAACCGGCUACCGCUAGGCCACUUCACUGCUAGGUCAUGGCUUAUAAAAAAAAAGUGGUUGAGUUAUUGGUGGUGGGAAAGACACAUUUACAAAAAGAAUGAUAACCGAUGGAUCAUACAUAUUGUAAUAUAAACAUACUAUGUGGUUCUUUCGGUAAAGUCAUGUUGGUAGAAAAAUAAAAUAAAACAGUGUAACAGUUCCACUGCUGGAUUAUUUUUCUUACCGCCCGAGGACGACCGCCUGCGUUGCGAUCGAAACGUCGCGAUAUAUUAUUUUUUGUUUUAUUUUAUUUUUCUACCUACGUGACUUUACCGAAAGAACCAAAGAGUGUGGAUUCCUGCAGUCACGAAAGCUUCAAAUUAAUAUAAACAUAUUAAAUCCAUACACGUUAAAUUAAUACAUAUGCAUAGUAGACAUUCAGUUAAUAUUAAUUUAACAUGGAGAUCUGAGGCUCAGUAAAACAAAGUGGCUCUCCGUUGGGUUUUUGGGUUGUAUUGUGUGUUGGAACUGAGAAAACUCCCAUUACAUGGGACGAAACGUCAGACAUUGUGCUGAACAACAUGCGGUGCAACUCAAAAACACAUUCAAGAGCUACAUAGCACCACAAAUUGUUAAAACAUAUGCAGUGGUAAGACAUGCACAUGAUGGAUUUAGCAAUAUGUGGCAUCACCUACAACUGGUGUCCAAAAAAAAGACCCGCGUUGACUUGCUUAGAGCCGUGGGCCACAAACAUGUAUGACCGAAUACUCAUACUGUGCACAUAUUUAUAAUGUAUCAUGUUACCAGCAACAGAUAUAAAAUUAAAUCUUGAGAAAGGCUAGCGAUAUAUGAGAAAAAUCAAUAUAUGUAAUGAGAUGUAUAAACUCAUUAUUAACUGAAAAUGUCUUAAAUUAUGCACCUCCAUGUUUGCAGAUUGCAUAGUUAAUUAUAAAUUUUUUUUAAAAUACAUUGACGUCAGAUUUGAGAAAAUAAUUGUGAGAUGUCAGAGAAAAUAGUCGAUCAUUUAGGGAUGGUCAAAAAACAUUGAUACAUCGGUAACAGAUGGUUCAGAUAUUUCAAUUAUUUGCACAUUGAUAUUGAUCCCUCUGAUACGAUCGAAACAUCGUUGUUUUCAUCUUCUUGGUUCUUUCGGUAAAGUCACGUAGAAGGGAAGUAAUAAAAUAAUAAAAAUAAAACAUAAUAAAACAAUUCUCACGACGUUUCGGCUACAACGCAAGCAGCCGUCUUCACCUGAAGACUUUACCGAAAAAACCAAGAAGAUGAAUCCCUGCAGUCACGAAAGCUUUAAAUCGAAAUCGUUGUUUUCCUUUCAAUGUUUUGCUGUUUUUAAUAUCGAUAAAAAAGCAUAUUUAAAAUAAAUAUUUGUUGAAAAUAAUUAACUUCCCGCUCCAAAUGUCUGUGACAGGUUUAUAUCCUGGAGAUAGGUUUCAAGUCAAUAUUCUGUUUAUUUUUUAAAGAUAUUAAUAAUUUGUUUUACUUAAUAGUAAACAUUUGUUUGGGAUAUGUAUAGUUCGUCCCUCUAAAUAGUUAAUAAAAAAACACAUGUCGUUCAAAUAUUUUAGUAUACAUCCAUGAUUUCAUUAAAGCAAUGAUUGUUCAAUGUUUAUUUAAUGUUCUAUCCCUACAUAAGAAAGAGAUUACGUCAGAUAUGCUAAUAAUUGUGAAAUAGCCAGUAUAUGCAAUCCAUCAUUUUUAAAUGGAAAGCAUUUCCAUAUUUUGAGUGUGUUUUGAACCAUGUCUCAUUGUAUAAUGCUGUCA